AUUUCACCUGUGACAUGAAGCGGUCCGGACGAACAGAGUCGCGUGUAGACGAAAUGAUGUCCCUGUAUGUGUAUGUUGCGUAUGCCCCCGCUGGGAAACAAGAUUUCAGUAUGUGUUAAACUGCCUCGGCGAACACUUUCCUGACUUCAGCUGCCCAGUCACGACGGCAGCCCCUCCAGGUUUGACGACGGCGGCGCCGAUGACAGAGUCCCGGGUUGCCAUGCUGGUGAUGGCCCUCCUCAUCAGCCUCCUCCUGGGCGUGCUGGGGACGUGGCUCGGCAUCUUCUGUUGGAGGAGGAGGGGCAAGAGGAGACGCAUCAACAGGCCGCUUCCCCCUCUAAUGCCCCGCCCCGAACACUCCAGCCUGCCCAACCUAUACGACGAGGACUACACCGAGGAAAAUAUCUACGAUGUCGUCAAAGCUGUGGAUGAGUCGCCAACGUCCCACCCAGUGCCUGAUCUGCUGAGUCGAGUUCCAUCCCUCCCACCCGUCACGCCUAGACCCGCGUUAGACCUCAACAAGGACAAUAGGAAUUCCAACCAUACUGAAUUCUAUGAACCUUUGUUGCGAGGUCACAGCACAUCUCAAAUUAGCGAUCACACGUCACCUAAGAUCCCCGUUUCAACUGAGGACACUGGGGGUGAAGAUUAUCUGCCUUUGUUACCUGACAGAAACAGUCGGGAAAUACCGGAAACGGAGACAGUCAAACGAUUUCAUCCUUACGACACCCCAGAUGAGUCAUUCAUUGAAACAGAAGCAGAGGAUGCAUCCAUUACUGUUCCGAAGGUCGUGGAAGACCAGGAUAGUAAACCCUCCGAAACAAAACCAGAGUACUAUAUCCUGGAGCCACCCGGCGGAGACACUCGCGGCGCUAGUCAGAAUCAGGAGGACGCAACUCCAGUAACCCAAGAGGGGGUAACUCCUGGUACAAAUAUGGAAACAUCUGAAAGGAUUGCGUCAAAAGAAGAUACAGUAGCAUCUGAACGUGAAUCUGAUUCGGACGGAUAUGAAAUACCAGUGUCUGAGGAGGUGCCAGCUUUUGACAUUGCCUCUUCUUUCAGGAAGGGACCAAAGAGUGAAGUAGUGCACGAUAUGAAUAAGGACGAUGUUCUUGAUGUGUGAUACAACAACGCCGCGCAUCAGUCGGACAUCAUGGUGUAAAUAGUGGUGAUGACCCUUUCUUCAACACACCAAAGUCUGAAGACGUUUUCGGGUAUUACCUGACAUGAUAGCACUGGAAUAUUGCCACAUAUGUUCACUCACUCGCUCACUGCAUCAAAGAUUCACCUCUUUCCUGCCUUGUUGCUUCAAUUCCCAUUUUCUCAGGACUUCAAAGAUGUUCAGACGCCGUCAUAUAGCUGGAAUAUUGCUGGGUGCGGCGUAAAACUGAACUCACUCGCUAUGUUCAGACGAGACAUUUACUUGUGUAUGUGUAUUGUUGACUGUGUGUGUGUGGUGUCUCAAGUUGUGAUGUGUAUAGAACUGUACAGAAUUGUACAGAAUGUUUGUAUGUUCGUGUGUAAAUAUGUUAAGCAGUAGUUAACGAGCUGAUGAUAAUCAUACAUGGUCAGGAAUAUGCAGAAAAUCGAAAUGUUUCCCCACACGUUGGCGCCAUUUGUAUGAUUUUUGUUUUCGUCUUGGAAUGUAAGUUUUUUUAUUAUUAUUAUUUAUGAUUGAUUUGCGUCCUGUAUUUCAUGAAAGCUCAUGUCUUUAGUCUGGCAUCAUCGUUUUUUAUGGAUCCGUAAAUAAAGUGUGGAUGAUUUUUA